GUGUGCGCGUAUGUGUGUGAGUGUGUGUCUGUGCGCGAGUGAGAGAGCGGGCGAGCGUGGCGAGCAGGACCCGGCGGGCGCGCUCCCCCAGCCUCUCUCUCUCUCUCUCUCUCUCUCUCUCUCUCUCCCCCCUCUCUCUCCCUCCCCGCCAGAACCAUGUCGGGCAGGUCGGUUCGAGCCGAGACCAGGAGCCGGGCCAAAGAUGAUAUCAAGAGGGUCAUGGCGGCUAUCGAGAAAGUGCGCAAAUGGGAGAAGAAAUGGGUGACCGUUGGUGACACAUCUCUACGAAUCUACAAGUGGGUCCCUGUGACGGAGCCGAAAGUUGAUGACAAAAGCAAGAAUAAGAAGAAAGGCAAGGACGAGAAGUGUGGCUCAGAAGUGACCACCCCAGAGAACAGCUCCUCCCCAGGGAUGGUGGACAUGCACGAUGAUAACAGCAACCAGAGCUCCAUAGCAGACGCCUCUCCCAUCAAACAGGAGAACAGCAGCAACUCCAGCCCUGCUCCAGAGCCCAACGCACCUGUGCCCAGUGAUGGCACCGAAGCCAAGGCUGACGAGGCACAGGCCGAUGGAAAAGAGCAAGCUGGAGCUGAAGAUGCUUCUGACGAGCAGAAUUCACAGUCUUCGAUGGAAAACUCAGUGAACAGCUCAGAAAAAGUGGAACGGCAGCCAUCUGUGGAGUCGGGCUUGGCAGCCGAACCUUCAGCAGCCUCUCAGGACUUGGAAGGAGCACCGCCCUCUAAAAAGAUGAAGCUGGAAGCCUUGCAACAGAACUCUGAAGAGAUGUAGAUGGCCAGUGGAACUCUUUGGUCCAUGUGUCAUGGCAGGUACAUCAGCAGGCUUAAUUCUAGACCGUUGCCCAAGCGGUUCCUCUUGGGUGCGAACAGAACUAACGUUUCAAGUUUACUAAGUGCAAAUCCAAGAAAAAAAAACAAAAACAAACAAACAAGAAAAAAACCUAGAGCGGCGGAACUUCUCAGACACUGACGAUCUCUGUCUGCUGUGAAGCGAAAAACUCGAACCUUCAAGUGACUGUCCUUGGGGAGGUGGGUGGACAGCUCAGGAGUGUCUGCACACUGUCUCGGAAGCCAAGAUUACAUUUGUGUUGCUGCUGUAUCCCCCCACCCCCACUCCCACCCCCUCCUGCCCCACUUCUCUAUUUAAUGAUAUAAGCUAUUUGAGGGUGGUGCCAAUCAGGAAUUUGCUUUUCAUAGGGGCUUUUGACUCUUCAACCAAUUCCUUCCGCUUUCUUUUUUUGUGCCUUGUACCCUAGAGGUGACCUCUGGCAUGCAUCCUGGUUUUCUGCAUCUCUCAUGGCAAACCGCUCACUUGUUUUGGUUGGCUGCUGCCCGCUUCCUGCCUCAAGACUGCUUCAGAGCUGGCAGGGCACAGCAGGCAGGAGAUUAGGCACCUUCCAGUGGCCCCUGGUUCAAGUGGGCAGUGUUUGGGCACACCCUGAGCCCCAACUUCCAGGGCCCCUUGGGCUGCACAUGUCAACCCCAUUUCCCAAGGGCUAGCCUCCUUGGUUCAGGGCAUGCCCUCACCUCCUGGGGCCGUGGAGGCUAGGGGUUGGCAAGCCACAGAAGCCCAGAUCGACAUGCAAAGCCUUUAGCUUCUUCUGGCACUUCUGCCCUCUCUGCCCCUACGAUAGCCACCACUGGCACUGCUCCCUCCAGGCCCUCCGAAGACAAAACGACUGACUGCGAGCUAGUCUCCUGAGGGUAGUACAGGGCUGCGGAGGUUAGGAGCAGGCAGUGGGGAUAGCUGGUGCUGAACUCUCCAUUGGGACAUAGCUUGGAUUUCAAAUCCAUGGAAACCUGCUGCCCUUUGUCCCUGCCCCCCCUCACCCCCAAAAAAAAUCCCAGGCGAGAUGCUUCUGGCAUCAUGUCCUGACUCUCAGAGGCAACAGGUGGAUGGAGCCUCAUUCCCAGCACGUGCUGUCGGUCUCCACUGGGGAGCAGACCCGAAUGAUUGGGCCUCAAAGGCCAGAAACAAGGCACCGAAGGAACUGGGAAGAUUUGCACACCCCCCAGAGAGGAGCCACCAAGGCUCCCCCUUCCCCUGCUCUUGCACGGAGACAGCUUUCUGUCACUCGGUGGAGACCCCGCCCCCUCGGACGGACUGCCCAACUGUUGAGUUCUGAGGCCUGGUUUGCUCUUAAUUCCUCCUCUACAGGACCCCUCAGACCUUAAAGCUUCCCCUACGCUUUCUUACUGCACUGGAGUUCUAACUCCCUAUGAGUUGUUUGUUGGGGGGGGCGGGGUGUUUUUUGUUUUUGUUUUGUUUUGUUUGCUAACUGGUGCAUAUUCAGGUACCUCCUUUUGACGUGUGGAUCUUUCUCCUGAACACCAUGAGAAGUGUCUGCCAGGCUCCAUUUUCUAAGAGUUUAUGAGGGGACAGCUCCUCUUUCUUCUUUUGCUUUCAAGGGAGCUGUCUAUUUCCUGUACUUCAAGAAGAAUCAAAAUGUUCCUGAAUUUUAAAUACCUCAUGCAAAAAAUAUCUCCUGAAAUAAGGGAAGAAAAAAAAAAACUUUGAAAAUCUUAAUGUUGAAGUUAGCAAUGCUAAAAUGUUUCUGUCUUUAAAAUUUUAUUUUUUUUUUGUACUUAGCGAUUUUGCCCCUCAGGCAGUCAGUUCUGUAAGGAACUGUGUUCUGCAUCUUUGCUGGAAAGCAGCUAGAUGUAUGACCUCCAACCUAUCUCAAGGUCAAGGCGGCUUUACCUCCAGAUUCUAGAGUUAGGGCAACAUUUUUCUUUUGCAGCAAAGCUCCAUGUCGGUGAAAGAUGAAUUUGGAUAUUUAUCUCUUUUUCUGGGAAACGAGAGGUUACCACGUAAACAGCUGAGGGAGAACCCAACACCUUCAUCCACAGAGCCGGCAGGGCGGCCAGGCCGCCUGCACCUCUUCUGGCCACUGCAGCCUCCUCGGACAGUCAGGAGGAGCUGACACAGUCAAGGAUGGAGACAACAGUGAGGUCCACGGUACCAAGGCUGUCAUUAGUUUUUCUCUGAAGUGCCUGAAGGUAGGAAUGGGCCGUUGAUGAAGACCAUUCGGACGCUCCCCAACGGCCACGCCAGGCAAAGAGCCAGCAGCCCUGCACUCCACGCUGGCCAGGAAAGCCUUCCAUGCGGAGCGGUCAGACUGCAAAAUCCAAUGUGCUUCCUUCCCUGCCACGGUCCUCUCUCUGGAGCCCGGUGGUCCCACCCCUGAACCCCUCACCCUCAUCCCCACCACUAAAUCUAAGACCUUUCAUCUGGCCGAGCCAGGGGCAGGGGAUCCUAAGCAAAUGCCUUCCGUGGACAUCAGGCCCCAUGGCCUAAAGGGCUCCCAGGGCAAAGUUCCCCCAGAACUUGAAGCUGGGGGAAUGGCGGCUACACAUUCCACAAAGUGCGGGCACUUACACCCACAUCCCGGAAGGCUGUAUAGACCGAUUCUUAGAGGGUGGGGACUGCCUGUCAUCAGACCGUGUCAUGGUUUGGAAUGUUAAGUAUUGCCGAGGACCUGGUUAGAGGUAUAAAGACCUUUUUUUCACUGUUACCUAAUUUUUUUUUUCCUCUUACAAUUUUUUUUUUUGGUGUGUUGUACAGCAGUAUAAUUUUUCACUUAUUUAUUCCAUCAGUAGAUAUUGUUUGUACAAUGGUUUCAUUUCAGAAAAUAAAAAAAGUUCAGAUCAUGAGUUUGGUGGCUUAGCCCAUUGUAAUAAAGAAUAAAAUCAGGUGGAUAAUGAA